AUGACGAUCUUUGCUGCGUCACCCUUCCGCCUUCCUCCUCUCACAGGGUCUCCGCGGAAAUUUGGAGGAUACAAAGUCCGAAACCCGCAGCGCAAGUCUCCGCCCAGGGCGGAGCCGAGUUUGCGAGGGUCGGAAAAAGAACAAAAGAACUUUGCGCCUUUUGACCGAGAGUUUGAGAAAGAGUUGCUCAAUCAAGAAAUUGAAAACCCUGCUGCAAUAGAGACCGUGGGACUCCAAACAAACAAGGUUUUUGCCAACCCAGAAGACGCUGCAGGCUUUGGCAAAGAGGAUGCAAAGAAGUAUAUUCGAACAGAUGAGAGUGUGGAGCGCGUUCGAAGAGCCCAUCUGAAUGACCUGGAAAAUAUUGUGCCAUUCGUUGGUAUUGGCCUUCUGUAUUCCCUGAGUGGUCCAGACCUCUCCACAGCCCUCCUGCACUUCAGAAUCUUUGUUGGAGCUCGGAUCUACCACACAGUGGCUUAUCUGCUGCCCCUUCCUCAGCCAAACAGGGGUCUGGCUUUCUUUGUUGGAUUUGGAGUUACUCUCUCAAUGGCUUACAGCUUGCUGAGGAAUAAAUUAUAUCUGUAAAGGGCGUCAUAUGCUGUGUCAUCCAGUUGGGUUUUAAGUUUUCUUCUUUCAGCAUACAGUAUAAUGAAUAUUUUGGAGGAUUUAGGAAGGAGGAAAGUAGAGAAAUUAACAAGUUGGGGGAGAUCCAUUUUAAAGACUAGUGUCAUUGAUAUCCUUUAUUUUUGCUUUAUGCUUGUACUAGAAAAUUUAUAUAGUACUUAAGCCUUUUGUCUGAUUCUUAAGUACUUCAUUGUGAAUUUUGGUUAUGUUACAAUUUGUAACAUUUAAUGUUUCAUGAUGUGAGUCUAUAAAAAAAUGAUUUCAUGCCUGAGAAAUAUGUUUCAAUACUACUUAAAUAGGUUUAAGGAAUAAAGAAUUUAAAGAA